UUCUUACAGACGAACGGCAAGUUGUGAACGGCAGCCGUCGCCACCUAUCGACGACAGUCGUCAACGCGUCGGCGGCAGCAGUCAAUACGUCGACGGCUGCCGCCGGCAGGCGACCACGGCUGCCGUCGACAGGCGACAACGCUUGCCGCGAGUGCCGCAUACUAGCAGUCUUGGUCGGCUUGUACAGGAGCCAGUUGCAAAAUGGCGUCCGAUGAAGAAACAUUGUUAUUGCUUUUACUCCGCCAUCGCCGACGACAACGAAAAAGAAAGACACGUUCAGUGUGGGUUGAAGAAAUAUUAAUGUAUAGAGAACAAGAGGGAGAUUUUUAUACACUGUAUCCACGUUUGCGAAGGUCCGAAAAAAAAUUUUUCAAUUACUUUCGAAUGUCAAUCGCUUCUUUUGAUGAGUUGACAUCUAUUUUGAAACUUUCAAUAUCUCGCCAAGACACUGUGAUGCGAAAAAGUAUACCAGCUGAGCAAAGACUCGCUAUGACAUUAAGGUUCUUAGCAACUGGCUGUUCAUUUGAAGAUCUACAGUAUGCAUAUAGAUGUGGAAUUUCCACAAUAAGCAACAUAAUAAAAGAUGUCUGCCAACAAGUAUGGUUAAAUAUGAGAGACGACAUUUUACCACAAAAUAUAACCGAAGAAACUUGGAAAAGGAUUGCUGAUAGAUUUGAAAGACACGCUCAAUUUCCUAACUGCAUAGGCGCAGUUGAUGGCAAGCAUAUAAGAAUAUUUAAGCCCGGAAAUAGUGGAUCUUCUCAUUACAAUUACAAGAAUUACUUUUCAAUUAUACUUUUAGCUAUCUGUGACAGUGAUUAUAAAUUUAUAUUUUGUGACAUAGGUUGUUACGGACGACACUCUGAUUCAACUAUUUUUGAAGAUACAAUUUUUUUCACAAAGCUACAAGAAAAGUCACUCAACAUUCCAAAGCCCAGACCGAUUUCAACUGAUGGAUGUACCUUGCCUUAUGUUUUAAUUGGAGAUGAAGCAUUCAGUUUAUCAGAAAAUUUGUUACGGCCAUAUCUAGAAUUCUGUAAAGAUGUUGUUAAAGCAUGUUGCAUAUUGCAUAAUUUUGUACGUGAUAGAGAUGGUUUUACAUUUGAAGAUACACUAACUAUAAACGGUUUGGAAAAUAUAGCCACAAUCCCUAAUGAAGGGGACUCGUUAUCGGGUCCGAUAAUAAGAGAAAAUUUUUCAGAUUAUUUUAGCAGUAGUGAAGGCAGUGUUUCGUGGCAGUUGGAUUGCAUAUAA